AUGACCUCGAUCGCUUGCUUCACCCGUUGCGCGCGCACGGCCUGCGUGGCCGCGGCCAGGGUCACGCGCGCAGCUGCUGCGCGCCCCUUCACCGCCCCCCGCCCCGCGCUGCGCCAGGCGAUGGCCCCGCCGGCCCCGAGCGUGCGUUCGAUGGCCAGGGGCCGCUCGACGCACAUCACCCGCGCCGCCGUGAAGGCCGAGGACGGCGAUGUCGUGCAGGUGCACUACACGAUCAUCGACGCGGACGGGAAGGAGCUCGAGAGCACCAAGAACAGCGGGCAGGCCCUGCGCCUCGUCGUGGGCGACGAGCAGGCGCGCCAGGACGGUCUUAUGCAGAAGUUCGACGAGGCCGUGCGUGGCAUGGGCAAGGGCGACACGGCCAGCAUCCCGCACGAGGGCGAGCCGUGGAAGGAGGAGCUCGUGGCGGCGGUGCCGCGGGACUCGGACGCCCUCAAGCAGUUCGAGGCCGCGCUGCAGGCUCAGAACCUGGAGCUGAUUCCGGGGAUGCCGCUCCAGCUGAGCACGGGCCAGGUCGCCAUGGUGGUGGAGGUGACGGACGAGGAGGUGAAGAUCGACGCGAACAGCGUGUUGGCCGGCAAGAAGUUCACCUUCGACAUCGAGGUGGCGGAGAUCGUGCGGAUGGACCCGGGCGAGCGCCAGGAGUUCAGCGUCGAGACCAUCGACGGGCAGGAGGGCGACGGCAAGUCGUUCCCGAAGCCCGGGGACACCGUGACGGUGCACUACACCGGCACGCUGACCAACGGCAGCAAGUUCGACUCGUCGCGGGACCGCGGGGAGCCGUUCAAGUUCAAGAUCGGCACCGGCCAGGUCAUCAAGGGCUGGGACGAGGGCGUCGCGAAGAUGAGCAAGGGCCAGCGCGCCAAGGUCGUCUGCCCGCCGGAGAUGGCCUACGGCGACCAGGGCGCCGCGGGCGUCAUCCCCCCCAAGGCCACCCUGGUGUUUGACGUUGAGCUGAUCGACAUCACCCCGGCGUGA